CUUUUCAUUUUUAAUAUUCUUGGUUUGUUAAGAAUUUCAUUCCCAGAUAGAUACUGCCCGGGUGAUUUUUUUACAUGAUGACAGUUAUAACUUGUUUGUUCUAACUAUAUAUGUAGCUGUUUGAUUGAUUGUGAGUUUGAUAUCAGUUCCAACUAUUUUUGUUCACAAGUGAAAAAUGGGCCAAGCUUUAUGUUGUGUUCAAGUGGACCAGUCAACUGUAGCCAUCAAAGAAACUUUUGGGAAGUUUGAUGAUGUGCUUGAUCCCGGAUGUCACUGCUUGCCUUGGGUUUUGGGACAGCAGAUAGCUGGCCACCUCUCUUUGCGUGUGCAGCAGCUGGAUGUUCGAUGUGAAACGAAGACAAAGGAUAAUGUGUUUGUUACUGUUGUUGCUUCUAUUCAAUACCGGGCCUUGGCAGACAAAGCUUCUGAUGCUUUCUACAAACUCAGCAACACCAGAGCACAAAUCCAAUCCUAUGUCUUUGAUGUUAUUAGAGCUAGUGUUCCGAAGUUGGAGCUGGAUUCUGUUUUUGAACAAAAGAAUGAGAUCGCGAAAGCUGUGGAAGAGGAACUUGAAAAGGCCAUGUCUGCUUAUGGAUUUGAGAUUGUUCAAACUCUCAUUGUGGACAUUGAACCUGAUGAACAUGUGAAGAGAGCUAUGAACGAGAUAAAUGCUGCUGCAAGAAUGAGGGUGGCAGCUAAUGACAAGGCUGAAGCAGAAAAAAUCCUGCAAAUCAAACGUGCCGAGGGAGACGCCGAAUCUAAAUAUCUGGCUGGGCUUGGUAUAGCCCGCCAGCGUCAAGCCAUUGUAGAUGGGCUGAGGGACAGCGUGCUUGCUUUUUCUGUGAAUGUACCUGGGACUACAUCAAAGGAUGUCAUGGACAUGGUUCUGGUUACUCAAUAUUUCGACACAAUGAAAGAAAUCGGUGCAUCUUCAAAGUCCAACUCUGUUUUCAUCCCACACGGACCAGGAGCUGUGAGAGACAUUGCUUCUCAGAUUAGGGAUGGCCUCCUUCAAGGAAAUACCGUUCAGAAUUAGUGCCAAAGUCCAACUCUGUUUUCAUCCCACAUGGAGCUGGAGCUGCGAGAGACAUUGCUUCACAGAUUAGGGAUGGCCUCCUUCAAGGAAAUACCAGUCAGAAUUAGUGACUUUUAUUGCAGCAUAUAUGUUUCAUGAGUGGCUUUUCAAUGGAAUACUUGUGUCUUUUAUUCUUCUUCUUUUCUACUUUCGUAAGUAUUACAUGAGUAAAGCUAGGAGUUAGGGAGUGUCUUGCAAGUUGCAACUAAGUGGUGUGGCGUGUAUAGAUGGUCUUGAACUCUGCCAUAGUGUGAUCAAUAUUCUUUAUAGUAAAAACGAUAUUGGUUUGUGUAAA